AUGAAAGGUGGGAUUUACCUAGCAGCGGUUCUUUACCUGUUCAACUAUUUAGGAACAGGGCACGGAGAAAAUGCAGAAGAAGACAUAAGUAAAAGCGAAGGGAAAGUAAACUUCUUUUCGCUGAAUUCUAAUUUAAAGAGAAAGAGAAAGUCGAAAGAUAAUAGGGUGAAAAGAAGAAAGGCGAAAUUUUCUAACUUCCUAAACCAAGAAUCGUAUGUUAAAGAAACAGAUAACGCAAGUGGGGAAGAUGUCGGAGGAUUACGUCCGUCUCAUGCUUCAUCGUUCGUUAACUUAAAUGAUCAUGUCAAUGGAAAAAGUUCAUCACACAGCGUUCAUGUAAAAGAAAGUACGCCACAUAGUACUAUGCAAAGGAACAAGGAAAAGGAAAAAGAAAAUGAGAAAACACACGGUCCUGUAAAUUCUUUUGUACAAAGUCAAGAAGAGGCAGUAUCAGACGAUUUGGAGGAAACCCACAAAUCUAUAAUUGAUAUAAGCGAGAAAUUCAAGGAUGAUAGUAGGUAUAACGGAUUGUUUGACAUGGAGAUUGAUUUUGUUGACCUACAUUUUUUUAAUAUAAUUCUGGACCUGAUUCCAAAGGACAGUGAAUACCAUAAAUAUUAUGAGAACACAUUUAAACAAAAAGUUAUGGAACACAUAAAUAAGUUAAAAACGUUAAUAGAUUCAUGCAUAUCUGAAAAGGAACAAAUGAUCAUGUUAAAACAUGAGAUUAAUUAUGGAGGGACGAAGUCUAUAGAAACAGAAACGUUAGAUGAAAAGGAAAGGAAGCUCUCGGAAAUAUCUAAAGCCUAUGAUAAUCAUAUAAAAUCGUAUAGGGAAGGAUUGAAACCCGAAAUAAAUGAUAUAAAAAAUAAUGCCUUCUCAGCUUUGAAAAAUUCCUACUGUAAGGAAAAUUGUGUGGAAUAUGUGCAAAAAUAUAAUACAAUGAGGAAAAAUUAUAUAACAAAUGCAGGAAAGUAUCAAAUGAAGACGUAUAUAUACAUUCCGAAGAGCAUUAACGAUUAUAGUGUGAUAGAUAAAAUGUUAUCAGAAGCUAAAGAACUCAAGAUAGACAUUGAGGGAACUGCUAAUUCGCUGAAAUUGUUAGGAGAAGAUAUCGAUGAAUUUUCCCACUUGUAUAAAAUUAACCGUAGUUUAGUUGACGAUGCAGCCAAAACCUUAGAAUCCAUAAAUGAAGAAGAGGAGUCUACCCAAAUAGAUGCACAAAAAUUUGAAAAUAAUUCCAAAUUGCUAACAAACAACUACUGCAUUUUUGAACACAUAAGAAAACUUAACGAGCCAAUUAAAAAAACAUAUGAAAGUUUAAUAAAAAAAUCUAAUGAACUACUUUCUAGCAUUAUAGACACCUUCGGAAAGAGUGCUACUGCGCUGUACAAGUCGACAUUUGAUGAAAGGAAGUGCUAUAAAUUUAAAACCGAUUCAGAUAAAGUGAAAGAAGAGGCUGAAGAAAUAUGCGAAAGAACUGAAAAGAUAUACUACGAAAUUCCAGAUGAUGAGGGUGACAAGAUAAACAUCUUUUAUGAACUUAUCUACCCAAUGAAACAAUAUAAAGAUGAGAUAGUAAACAAUUCAGAGUUCAUUUCCAAUAGAUAUGAAAAUAUAUACGAAAACGUAAAACAAACGUAUGAAAAGGAAUUAAAUGAUAUAGGGAAACUAGAAAACAACACAGUUAAAGUAGAUUUGUAUGUGCUGCAAAUAAGAAAGAUUAACACUCAGAAAACCAGAAUAGAUGAAAGUUCCGAAACAUUGGGGAAAUAUUACGAAAAAAUAUUAGAAUCAAAAACAAAAAUAUAUGAUCUGAAAAUAGAAUUUGAAAAAAGGCUUGCGAAAAUAAAUCGAUUACAGGCUGUGAAAUCUGCCCGUGCAUUAAAGGAAGAAAAGAUCAAAGCUAUGUUAGAAAAGAUGGCGAAAAAGGCGCAUUAUUUAAAAGAACUUCUCUCCUUAAAAGAGAAAUCAAAUGUGUACUUGACCGAAAUGAAUGAAUUGCUUAACACAGGAUCGUAUGACAAUUUGGACGGGUUUAGCGCUAAUGAGAAGGCGAGGAAUGAUAUUAAUGCUCUAUUUAAUUCUGUGUAUAGGGAAAAUAUGAAUAAACUCAUCGAAGAAGUGGAAAAUUUUGUAACCAAAAAUAAAGAGACCACUGUGGAGAUGCCGGAUGAAGCAGUAGAAAAGAAGCUACAGGAUGCCAAAGAAACUUUUGCUAAAUUAGAUUUUGUUAGCGAUAACCGGCUGACAGAUGUGUACAUCAAAAUGAGUGCAGAAGUGGCUUAUGCUGAAGAGAUCAAAAAAGGAAUUGCGCAAAAACAAUUGGAAAAUGUUCAUAAGAAGAUGAAAAAAUUUUCGGAUUCAUUUGCCACAAUAUUUGAUUCGUUACAAAACAGAAUGAAGCAGUACAAUCGGGAGAAAGAUGCAAUAGAAAACCAUAAAAAAAAUAGAUCCGAAAAGGAGGAGGAAUAUUUUAAUAAAGUAAAUGUAGAUGAAGAUCUGCCCAAGGAACAAGCAAACGUGCAAGAAUACACUAAACAUAAGCAAAAUUUUUCCAGACAGGAAGGUGAAAUAUCCGCCGAAAUUACCCACAUGAGGGAAGUGACAAAUGAAAUUCAGAGCCAAUUAAACUAUUAUGGUGUUUUUGAAAAAUAUUUUUCCAUCGUUGAUGAUCAAAAUGAAGUUUCAAGAGUUAAAAUUUUAAAGGAAGAAAUCAUUAGUGAUAGCUUGAGCGAUAAAGUGAAACAGUACGAGAUAGAAUUCAAGGAGAAAACCAGUGCAGUGGCAAAUAUAGUGUCAAAUAUUCAAAGUUUAAAUAUGGCAAUAGAUUCACAUAAACGCUUAAAUGGUAGCAUAAAUAACUGCAAUAAAUAUAACGAAGAUAUUGCUGUUUUGAGAAACAAAAUAAAAGCUCUACAAGAAGAGUUACAAAAGGAAAUUACCGAAACGGAGGGCGACGAAGUGGUGGGAGAAAAUACCACUGCGUUCCUUUUAAAAGGUUUAAGGGACAAAAUGGGAAAGAUAAACGAAGAAUUGAACGAGAAUAAACUAAACAGUUUAGACACUAAGAAAGAAGAUCUUCUGAAAUUUUACUCAGAAUCGAAGUCUAAAAUUCAUUUGAGCAAGGACCAAAACGGGCCAGAAGAUCUGUUGAAUAGAAUUGAUGAAUGGGAGGACAUCAAAAAGGAAGUAGGCGAACUAAACGUUAAUUACGAGAUGAUUAGCAAAAAUAAAGUUACGCUAUUUAAAAACAACUCUGUUACUUAUAUAGAGGCAAUGCAUAGCAAUAUAAACAACAUUAUUCACAGUAUAACGAGUAAUAAGAAUGAAAUUCUGAAGUCCGUAGAUGCAAUAGAGAAUAAGCUAAACCUCGUUGAACAGAAUGAAGAUUAUAAAAAGGUUAGCAAUCCAGAAAAGGAGAAACAAAUAGAAGAAAUAAGGGGAUCCAUGAGCAAACUCAAGGAAUUAAUCGACCAACACGUCGGAAAAAUGGCCGAACUGGGGAACACAUCAAACAGUUUGAAGGUGAAUGCCAAGGAAAAGGAAAACGAACACAAUCUGGAAGAACUAAAUAAGAUAAAGAGACAAAUGAGGGAUAUCUAUGAACAACUAAAAAAGAUAUCGGAACAAUUAAAGGAAGGAACAGUAAACGAAUUGAAAGAAGCAAACGAAAAAGUAAACAAUGUGGAAUUAGAAUAUGAGAAGAACGUUAUUGAGCACAUUUUAAGACAGAUUACAGUAGAAAAAGACAAAGCUCGAAAGGGUGUUGAAGGAAUGAAUUCUCUCAAAACUAAAAUUGAAAACUUGAUACAUAAAACAAGUAAUGAAUCAAAAAAUGAAUUAGUUACGACGAGUAUUAAACAGCAUUUAGAGAAGGCAAAUGAGUAUAAAAAUCUAAUAGAAAGAAAUGAAGAAGAAUCAAUUAAUUUGAAGGAAAAUGCGAAAAAACUGGAGACAUUGGAUGGAGUGAAAGAACUAGUUCAACAGGUCAACAUGCAUUUGCAGAGUGCUAUACAAAGCAAUGCUGGUAUAAGCAAAGAGAUGAAUGAACUUAAGGGCGUUAACGAAUUGUUGAUAUCAACGAAUUAUAGUAGCAUUUUAGAAUAUAUAAAAAAAAAUACCAACGAAUCUGUCCGUUAUAGUGAGCUAGUCAAUGAGGAAUUUACAAAAGCUGAAGGUGAAGAGAAAAAGGUAAUAGCCAAUUUUGUGGAGGCAGAGAAGUUAAAGGAGCAAAUUGUCAAAGAUUUGGACUACAAUGACAUAGAUAAUAAGGUAAAAGAAAUUGAUGGAAUCAAAAGAGAAAUUUUAAAGAUGAAAGAUAGUGCAUUUACAUUUUGGGAAGAGUCAGAAAAGUAUAAAAAAAUGUGCUCUUCAUAUUUGGAAAAUACUAAAGAGGGUAAGAAGAAAAUCGAGUAUUUAAAAAUUAAUGGGGAUGGAGGAAAAGCCAACAUAACGGAGAGCCAAAUGGAGGAGGUAGGUGGCUAUGUUGGCAAACAUGAGGAGGCCUUUAAAAAAGUGGUCGAGCAGGUAGACAAAACUAAACGUUUAUAUGAAUCUGUCCUAGUAUAUGUAACUAAGAUGGACAACCUGUUUAACCAAUCCUUAAUGAAAGAAGUGAAAGUGAAGUGUGAAAAAAAGAAUGAUGAGGCGGAGCAAAUAUUCAGCAAAAUAGAAACAGUACAUGGCAGAAUUAAAGCGCAAGUGAUUGAGAGCGAAGGAAAAAUAGAAGAAUUGAAGGAAAAAGGUAAAAUUGAGAGAAAUGAAUCAACACAGCUUAACGAUAUUUCCACGGAGGCGUAUUUACAAAUAGAUAAUUGCAGAAAGCAGCUUGACACCGUUUUAUCAAACACUGAAAGAGUGAAACAAAAUGCGCUUCAAUAUUUUAAUGCGGCCGAUAAAUCAAUGAAGUCCGUUUUGCCUAUACGUGAACUGGAUGGCGAAAAUUCCAUAGAUAAAGUAAAAGCGGCUAAGGAAAGUUAUGAGAAAAAUUUGGAAACCGUUAAAAAUGAAAUGAGUCAUAUCGAUAUGGAAGAAGGAAAUAUGAACGGCAUAGAUAAAACAAUAACUGAAAUAGAAAAUGACUUGCUAAAAUGGAAGAUAAAAUAUAAAGAAGGAUUACUGAAAGCGAUUAAGGAAGAUGCGGAUAAGAAGAAAAAUAAUUUCGAAUUAGUACGAAGCGAAAUAAACGCCUUGAUCAAUCCAAGCAUGUCUAUUUUUAUUAAAUUCAAAUUAAAGGAAUAUGACAUGACUAACGAUUUAAAUAAUUAUGGUGUUAAAAUGAAUGACAUUCAUGCAGAAUUUACCAAAUCGUACAAUUUGAUGGAAACGCAUUUGUCCAAGGCUGCAAAUGAAUCGGUGACAUUAGAGGAGGCCCAAAGUUUAAUGGAACAAGCAAAGGAACAAAAUCAACAUCUAAUAAAAAGAGAGGAGGAAGCGAUAACACUUCUGAAUGAUAUUAAAAAGGUGGAAUCGUCAAAACUGCUGAAUGAAAUGAUGAAAAAGGUGAAUGCCGAAUAUGAAGGUAUGACAAGACAUCAUGGUACCGUUAGUCAGUAUGUACAGGAGAUGAAGGAAGUUGUUAAUCAGAUGAAAACAUUGAAUGAUAUAAACCAAUGUUCGAGUAGGCUAGAUGAUGUAGUAAGUAAAGCUAAAAAGGUUAACGAGUCUAAUCAGGGCGACUAUACGAGAGACGCAAAAAGCAUGUAUGGAAGUAUGGUAACUCUGGCAAAUUAUUUCCUGAGCGAUUAUGCUAAAAUUUCAUCAGGAAUGGAAUUCAAUGAGGAAAUGAAAUCUAAAUAUAAGACAGAUCUAGAGUUGGAAAUAUUUUCGGUCUUAUCAAAAUCGAAUGAAGUCUUAAAAAAAAUUGAACAGAAUUCAAAUGAUGUAAUAGAAAAACAAAGAGAAAGUGAACAGCUAGUUAAGGAUGCUACUGAUAUAUAUAAUGUAGUAAAAGUAAAAAAUGAAUUUAACGGAAGGUUGGAAGAAGUCAAGAACAGAGAAAAGGUCAUUUCGCAAAAGAUAAUGGAAGCAUUAGAAAGGUUGAGGCAAGUGGAAGGAAUAAAAUGCCACUUUGAAAAUUUCGAUACGUUACUAGAAAGUACAUACGAGCUUGAAAAUUUAAAGAAAAUGGUUACCAUCUAUCAGGAGAAGAAGAGCGAUGCGCCGACGGAAUCAGCGCUGCAAGAAAUGGACAACGAUAUGAAAACAUAUAGUAACUCCAUAAAAGAGUUAGAAGGAAUAGUCUUAUCACCCAUGGAAUAUAAAGAAGACAUUGCAAAAUUGGAAAAAACCAAUGACGAAAUGGGAAAAAUUAUUGUAAAUAUAAGAAUAAUAGAUUCAAAGGUUAUGGAUAUGAACUCAACUAUUGAUGAGUUGUACAAGUUGGGAAAAAACUGUCAAUCCCACUGGAUUGCCCAAUUCAGCUAUUCUGCGAAUAUGGAAACCUCCAAAAAAUCAAUAAUGAUUAAUAAACAAAAGGAGAACACUAAAAAGUGUAUAGACUAUAUUGGAACUAAUUCAUCCUCCAUUGAUAAUUAUGUCGAAACGUUGAAAACGUUUUACGAUAAUAAGCUUACAUUUGACAACACAUCCGAAAAUGUGAAGAAUGCAAAGACAUAUUCCGUGAACUUCGCAAAACAUGAAAAAGAGUCUUCAAAAAUGAUAAGUUAUAUAAAAAAGGAAUUAUAUUCAUUCCAUCAAGAUAGUGAUAUUAAAAUUGUAGAAGGAAAAAUGCAGAAUAUUUUGGUACUUUAUGAUAAACUGAGCGACGAAAAAGGAAAAAUGGAUGAUUUGUACAUAAAUAUCAGUGAAACUAAACUGAAGCAAAUGGAGCACAGUUCUGAUGUGUUUAAGCCCGUCAUAGAAUUACACAAAAGCAUGAAUGAAACGAAUAAUAAGUCUCUAUUGGAAAAACAGGAGAAACUAAAAAGCGUGGAAGACAACCUUCGCCAUAUGGAAGAUGAGAUGAUUAAGAGUGGCCUUAAGUACACCUCAGAAAGUGUGGGAAAUAUUAACAAGAUAUAUGACCGUAUUGAAGCUGAAGUGAAAAAGUUGGAAGAAAUUGACGUCGGCAAUAGCGAUAAUUCCCAAAAUGUGGAAGAGUACAAGAAGCAAUUUUCCACUUUAAUCGACAGAACGAACACCCUAAUGAAUGACAUCGAAAUUUUCAAAAAGGAAAACAAUUACAAUUUAAUGGAAGAAAACACAGAAUCUAUAGAUAAAAUAAACGACUAUAUAGAAAAGAUCACCAAUAAGCUAGCAAAUACAAAAACGGAGUAUGAGAAGACCCUGGAAAAUAUAAAACAAAACUUUGAUAUGCAACAGAAUAUUGUUCUGAAAAAAAAAAGUAUUAUCGAAUUCUCUGAAAACGUAAAGAAGAAGAAAGAAUCUAUAAUAAAUAGUCUAUAUGAACAGGUAGAAUUGCACAAAAUAGAGGGAAAAUUAGAUCUUAUUAAGAGUAGCGUGAGAGAUAUACUGAGUACUGGUGAUGAUAUUAAUGAAAAAAUGAAAAGGAUGUCUGAAAAUAUUCAAGAGAAAAAAAGCAAACUGGAGAAACAUAUUUCUAUUGGUGAUUUGGACAGAGAAGCGGACAAAAUAAAGAAGGAUGUUAAGGAAAUAGAAGAUGAGACUGAAGGACUUAAUAUUCUUUUAAGAGCUGCUAAUGGGUACAGGGCAGAGAUGGACGUGAUAUUCAAAAAGAUGUCUUCAGAUAGAAAUCCCAGCGCAUAUAAAUCUGCAGAAGAACGCAUGAAUGAAGCAAGUAAAAUAAUUCAGGAAAUAAAAGAUACGAUUCAAGGAAUAGAUCAACUAGUAAAGGAUAGUCAAAACAUAUUAUCGGAAAUAAAUCAUAAAAAAAGUCCUGGAGGAAGGGGGAAUACAGGUGGGGCUUUGAGAAAUAGUGAAAAGAGUAAAAAUGGAAGGGGGGCAAGUCUGCAAGCAGGGAGAAAAAAUAAUGAUCCCAUGCAUAUUGAAAUAACUGAUCCGGAAGGAUCCAUCGGUGAAGGAAAAGAAUCAGAAUCGCAUACAACAGACGGUUUAACACACGAUGCAGAUGAAGAUUAUACUAGCUCGGUAAAAGGGGCACAUGGAUUAGAAGAUGAGGAAACUACUUUACCCACCGAUCAAAGCGAGGUGAAUGACGCUACCCUUCAAGGGCAUGACAGUACCGGAAGUGAUGAUCUUGAUAUGCAUGCGGAGAACACCCAGGAUGAUACCUAUGAAGAUACGUCAUAUUCCAGUAAUCCAAUAAGUAUUGUUUUGAAUAGAACGUUUGAUUCUAAUAAAGUCAAAUAUGCGGGAGCAUUCAUUUUACUCUUUACGAGCGGCGUUAUAGGGGCUAUUAUGGCAAAUAGGAAAGAUGACGAAGAGGAAGAAAAUAAUGGCGAGGAAGAGGAUGAGGGGUUUGAAGUUAAAAAGAACAUUAACGUAGAAAACAAAGAAGAAGUCAUUGAUGUUUGUUUUGUUGAUUCUGAUUAUUAA